AUGGAGCAAAAGAUUAUUAUUAAGAUGCAGAUGAACAGCGACAAAUGCAGAUCGAAGGCCAUGCAGGUUGCUGCGGUGGCAGAUGGAGUGAGCUAUGUGAAGAUAGAACGGGAAGCUGAUCAGUUGGUGGUGAUCGGAGAUGGAGUUGACUCAGUUUGCUUGAUCAACUCACUCAGGAAGAAAUUUGGGAACGUCACCCUAGUGAGCGUGGAACCAGUAAAACCAGAAGUUGUCGAGGAGAAACCCAACGACGAUCCAGUUCCAAUCCAAUGGCAAACCUGGCCAUAUCAUCCACAGUUUUAUACGUGCCAACAAGUUUGUGAUCCAAACCCACCUAGUUGCUCUAUCAUGUGA